CAGACUAAGAACUGCGCACAGAUUUGCCAGACGGUCAUACUUCGAUGCUGGGCCAAACUUCAUUUGGCAUAUUGACGGCUAUGACAAAUUGAAGCCUUAUGGACUUUGUAUACACGGCUGCAUCUGUGAAUUCAGCAGAAAGAUGGUGUGGUUAAACGUUUAUACCACAAACAACGAUCCCAAAGUGAUUGGAGGUUACUUUCUGAAGGCCUUGGAGAUAAUUGGUGGAACUGCGUACAUGGUAAGAGGCGAUUUUGGUACAGAAAAUGUUUUGAUAAAGGACAUGCAAAACUGGUUCAAGAGACAUAGUGACCAUGACACAUCAUACCUUGAAGGUGCAAGUACACAAAACCAAAGAAUCGAAGGUUGGUGGAGUUAUUUGCGACGGCAGCAUAUCCAACACUGGAUGGAUAUUUUCAAGAAUCUUCAGGAAAACGGCGAGUUCUAUGCCAGUGACAUAGACAAGAACAUAAUAAGGUUCUGUUUUAAGGCAUUGAUACAGACAGAGCUGGAUUUGGCAGUGUCAAUGUGGAACAACCACUCUAUCAGACAGUCACGGAACUCGAAUGCACCAAAUGGCCAGCCUUACAGAAUGUUCAAUUAUCCGGAACUGUGGGGUAGCCGCAACUUCAUAUGUGAUGUUCACCAGGAUGACAUAAAUGUUGCCCGGACACAAGUGACAUUUCGUACGCCAGUUUGCUGUGACCCAGAUCUGUAUGAUAUAUUAAUCGGUGUCAUGGCAGAUGACUCACUUUCCUACCCAAAUACAUCAGAUGAGGCCUUAGCUCUAUAUCGUCAUCUUCGCAGACAAGUGUUAAGAAUGUUCAAUAUGCAGUAACAAAUCCGCCGGAAGGCUGCUUACUUAUU